UUAAAAGUUAUAAGAAAAUAAAAAGAAAUAUAAAAUAAAACUAACGCCACUUUAUACAUACCUAGAUUGAUAGUAGUAAAAUCAUAACUGUAUAAAUAUUAUAUGUACAAUAUUUGUAAUCCGAGCAGCAGUGCUUCCACUAAUAAUUCAUUUUUAUAAAAACAAAAAUAAUAAAAAUAAAAAAAAAAUAAAAGAAAAUAAAUUAUCUGACAUAUUAUGAACAUUUUAUGAAGUAUAAAAUUUUAAAUAGUUGUAAAAUUUACGGGAUAUUGAGAGCAUCAAAAAAAAAAAAAAAUAAAUAAUUAAAAAAUUUUAAAUCGAUAAUCUUAUAAAUUAAUUGAUAUUCAGAAACGAAGUUAAUGAGAGUAUUUACACCAUAUUGUUUUUAUUUUUCUCUUUUUUCUUUGUUUUAUUACUUAAUACUUUACUAAAAUAUACAAAUAAAUUAUUUAUAUGUCAUUCGUACGAUUUUUUUUUAUAAAAGUUUUAAUUUACCGGUAAUAUUUUUGUGACAUAUGCAUUCAGCAAACGUAUAUUAUACAAAGUGCAACAUAAGUACCGUAUUGAUCAUGCACAAUUUAAUAAUUAUUUAAAAAUUCAGUGGUGCCUUUAAAUUCAGUGAUUUAUUCUAUUUUUCCAAUUUAAUUUAAUUAUUUUAUUGAUUAUCAAUUAUUAAUAAACAAAUUAUUCAUUUAAAUUUUUUAUUAAUAUUUUAAUUUUUAAUUUAUAAGCCUAUAUACAUUUUAAAAUAUCAAUUUAAAUUUUGAUUUUUAUUUAAAUAUAUUUUUUAUUGUAAUUAUUCAGUAUAAUCCAAAAAAAAAAAAAAAUAAUUUAUAAAAAACAAUAAUUUUACAAAUUAAAAAAAAAAUAACAGAAUACUAAAAUAAUAAAAAAAAACAAUAUGAUUAUAAAUUUUUUAUGUUAUCUAUUAUACAUAAUAAUUUUAAUGUGUUCAAAACCAGCAUAUUUAACUCAACCAUAUAAAGACUUUGAUAUACAUUUAACAAUAUCAGCACAAACUCGUUCAUUGGAAGUAUCAUGGGAGAAUGCACGUUUAUGGCCAGGUGAUAUCAUUUUAAUUACAACAACUGAACCAUUUGAAUUUCGUAUACUAUCUGAUUCAAUAUAUGAUAAAGAGAAUCUAUGGCAUAUAAUAUUAGAUAGAACAGCAAAAUUAUCAAAUAAAAUAACAAGAGCAAUUGGUUUAGGGCAAUUUUUCGAUGAUACAAAAUUAAUACGACGUACAUAUGAAUAUAAUAAUAAUACAGAUUAUGGUAAUAGUAUACGUGCUGUUAUAAUACCAAAAGAAAAAUCACAAUGGUUAAAAACAUUAAUUGAUUAUGAUAUUAAAUUAUCAAAUAUACAAAAUAAAAAUAUUAAUUGUUAUGGUUAUUGGGUUAGUUAUAUUGAUAAAAAUGGUAAUAUUAUUGUUAAAAAUUGUUUAAAAGCCUAUCCAAUAUGGAUGAAUGAAAUGAAAGAUGAUAUUGGUGAAUUAACAAUUAAAGAUUUAUUAAUACCUGGUACACAUAAUUCUGGUUCAUAUAAACCGGGAUUUAAUCCAAAUAAAGAUUAUUUAGAUAUAUUUCAACGUUUUACAUUAACACAAGAUGAAGAUGUAUGGGAACAAUUAAUGCAUGGUAUACGUUAUUUAGAUAUUAGAGUUGGUUAUUAUGAUUGGAAACCAGAAAAAUUUUUUACAAAUCAUGAUGUUAGCCGUCAACGUCCAUUAGUUGAAAUAUUAGAACAUGUUAGAGAAUUUGUUAAAUUAACAAAUGAAAUUGUUAUUGUUGAUUUUCAAGAAUUUCCAGUUGGUUUUCAUAAUAAUCAAACAAUACAUGAUUCAUUAAUAUCACUUAUUAAAAGAUAUUUUGGUGGUUAUAUAAUAUUGCCGGGAAAACAUGAAUGGAAUCAAAAUUUAAAUGAGAUAUGGUCAAAUAAUCAAAAUAUAUUUGUUGCAUACGAUUAUUUACCAGCUGUACAAAAACAUUCUGAUAUUUUAUUUCAUGCCUGUAGACAUCGUUGGGCAAGAGCACCAAAUUAUGAAAAACUUCGUAAUUAUAUUCGUAAUCAAUAUAACUAUGAUACAGAUUUUUAUGGUUUAAGACGAUACUUUCAAUUACCAACAGUUGAUAUGGCUGAAUUAACAGCCGAUGUAAUGGGAAUUUUAACUGGAAAAUUUACAGGUUUAAGAAAAAUGGCUGAUUCAGUUAAUUCUAAAGUAACUUUAUUAUAUCAAAAUGAAUUGGGUGAUAAAGCAAAUGUUGUUGCUGUUGAUUUUUACCGAGGGACUCGAAUAGUUGAUUUAGCGAUUAAAUUUAAUAAAAAAAGAAAACAAAAGUCUAGUGAUGAUUAGUGUGUGUGUGUGUUUUUUUUCAUAAUAUUAGAUAUUUGUGUUUAUUUUUAUAUAGAUUUUUUUAUUUUUAUUUUUUAUAAAAUAAACUUUAUGUAUUUUUGUUUUCUUUUUGUUAAAGUUUUUUAAAGACUGAUUAAAUGAACAAAAAAAAAAAUAUAUAUAAAUAUUUUUUUAUAUUGAUAAAUGAAUUUGUUUAGUGCGCAAAUGGAAUUAUUGAAAAGUAAACAGCAAUGAAUUUGUGAUAGUCAAGUGUUAUUGCACUACGGUUACUAUAUAGGUUGUUAUUCUCUGAAGGUAUUGACUCUUUUUAAACGAAUGACAUCAAAUUCUGUGUCAAUUCCAACUAUAUGUGAAUGCAUUCUGCAUUUUUCCGAAUAGUUAAGUCGAUAUUUAUUUUUCAUUUCAGAACACAAAACUGGUUCGGAGAUUUGGAAGUAAAGAUUUAAACAAAUCCAAAAAUUUUAAUGAGAAGAAAAUAAUGUUUGUUGUUUUUCAUUUAAAAUUUGUUAAGCCAUCUGUCGGAAUAAAUGCUCGUAACAUUUUCUCUCAAAUUCUCUCUUACAAGAGGAUUAUAAUUACUGAGUGUAUUGUACAUCUGCAGUGUUAAAUACUUAGCAUAUUAUGUAGCCUUAAUAGGCUACAUAAAA